AUGGCCGAAGUUGUAGAGCGCAACGUUGAAGAUGGGUUGACUGAGAUUGUACAUAUUCGCCGGGCAAAGCUUUUCAAUGAAGCCGAAUUGAGAGAAAUUAUUCGUCUUAGAAGGUAUCAUGAAUAUAGUAUCCAAAAGCGCAAUAAGAGACUCUCAGAUUACGAAGCAUACAUUGCGUCGGAACUCGGUAUUUUACGACUCGUUAUUAUUAGGCGCCAGAAGACUGCAGAUUGUCGUUUUAAGGACGAGAUCGAGAGAUCUAUUAUUUCUCGGCUGACUCGGCUUCAUAGGCAAAUUUGCUAUCGAUUCCAGUCCCAUGUUGACGUGUGGAUCCGAUUUUUACUUUUCAACCGGAAGUUGGGUCGACAUAUGACUGUUGUUCGCCUUUGGGAGCAAAUCCUGCAGAUUCAUGGUCGAACUGAUCCGCGUUUGUGGGCGGCCGCAGCAUCUUUUCACUUGAAUGAGGGUGCUCGUGCCCAAGCUCGCGCGGUUUUAGCCAAGCUCAAGACUGAGAGACAUGCGCUCACGAUGGCUGCGAAGAAAGUGAAGCAACUUCGCGAAAGCUUGGAGGCUCUUCAUUUGCGCAAAUUACGUGCGUCUAUUAGUCGCUCAGUUCAUCUGGCAUGGGAUCGUACCCACUUACGAGGGAUACGCGAGGCUCGGCAUCUCCUGAUGCAGGGUCUUGCCUUCAACGAAAAUUCUGCCUUCCUCCUUCUUGAACUCCUAAAGCUGGAGGGUUCUGCUGCUGACUUCUUCAAAAGACGUGUUUCUGGUAGAUAUCAAGCGGCGGGGGACAAAGUGGAAGGUGAAACCUCUGGUAGGAAAAAAGGAAUGGGGCGGUACAGAGACAUGGGCAUGGCAGCGAAGGAGGAUGCUGUGGCUUUUAUGAAUGAGGUAACUGAAGAUGUGGACUCUCUCAAGUCUGGCAAGACGUUCAAUUUGGUGCUUGAACGCUUAGUCACAUUCUCCACUGCCACUUCGAAGGAUUUGGCGGAUGCUCUGAUGAUCGCCAAGAAAUUUUCCUCUUUCGUCGACAAAGCUACGCUGAGAAAGUUAUCGGAUAGGCAGAAGAUAUUGCUUACAUCUGAGACGGCUGAAAUGGAGAAGGUGAAGCAAACGAUUGCUAAAAAGAUGCACACUGCCACAUCACCAACAGAAGAUAUUGCUGCUUUGGCGGAACAACGUCACAUUGAGCUAAUGCGUCUUCUCGACAAUGGAGGCGUGGAGGCUGCACUGACAGCUUGGGAAACUUGGUACCACGCACCUAGUGGUUCAAACGACCUCCUCCGAGUGCCUGAUCCCUCUAUCGACCUCCGGUGGAUGCGCCUGCUCACCACACGCGUCUAUAUCCUUGUGGUGGCUAAGAUGCUCUACAAGUCAACCCAACCGCCCAAGACAACCACGACAUCGAAAGAGGUUCUGGCGGAGGCUGUGAGCGCCUAUCAAGAAUUCCGCCUUAAACAGGAGGCACGUGUUCGGGACACUAGAACUCUAAUGGACGCCUUGGCUGCCUCAAACUGGGGCUCUAAAGUUCCUGACUUUUGGCACCUGUACAUGGAAUUUGAGGCGAAACUAGGCGACUGCUCACGACUGCCUUCGCUAAGGUGGCGGGCUGAGAAGUGUUUGGAGGAGAACCCACGGGUUAAAUUCUUCAAUGCUCUCGCUGCUGGUGGUCCAAAGGAGUUUUUGUAA